UUGAUGGAAAACUACACCAGCAACAGCUUCGUGCUCCAGCUGGAGGGGUUAAACGUUUCAAAGGAUUCAACAUACCCUGUGUUCCUCUUCCUCUGUUUCUCCUAUCUGUUUAUUAUGGUCACAAAUGUCAGCAUUGCUGUUCUGGUUUUCACUGACAAAAACCUUCACCAGCCCAUGUACCUGCUGUUCUGCAACCUGCCAUUUAAUGACAUCCUUGGAAACUCUAUCAUGGUCCCCCGUUUGCUUGAAGACAUGUUGCGUCCUCCCUCUGAACGACUCAUCAGUUAUUAUGAAUGUGUGAUUCAAGCUUUCACCUCUCACAUGUUCGGCACCACUUCCCACACAGUGCUGAUGAUCAUGGCCUUUGACAGAUAUGUGGCCAUCUGUAAUCCCCUGCGCUACACUGCCAUAAUGACCAACAGAAUGGUGAUGAAGCUGACAGUGUCUGCCUGGGGAGUGGCCUUUGUUUUGGUGGCGAUUCUGCUCGGUCUGACCAUACGGCUGAACCGGUGCAGGACUCUGAUUAUGAAUCCUUACUGUGACAAUGCCUCACUCUUUAAACUCUCCUGUGAGAGUGUGGUAAUCAAUAACAUCUAUGGCCUCACUUUCACUGUGGUGCUGUUCACAGCUUCUAUAGGCAGCAUGGUUCUCACCUACACUAAGAUCACAGUGGUCUGUCUGACCAGUAAGAACAAGUCUCUGAACAGGAAAGCCCUGAAGACCUGCAGCACUCACCUGGUUGUGUAUCUGAUCAUGCUGAUCAGUGGAUUUGUUGUCAUCAUUCUUCAUCGCUUCCCUCAGUACUCAGACCACAGGAAACUCUCCAGCAUUUUGUUUCAUAUCAUCCCCGGCAGCCUCAACCCCAUUAUCUAUGGUGUGCAGUCCAAAGAAUUAAAAAGAUUCUUGUCAAAACUAUUUGAGCCCAAGAAAAUUUUGCCAUCGUUCUAA